AUGCCACUCGUAGCUUACAGCUUUAAUGUAGCGGCGCCGAUCAGAUGCUUGCCUAUAGUGCUCUCAACGUUUAAUCCGCCUCUAGGUGAAGGUGACCAGCAACCUGAUGUGCAACCUGGUGAUGUUAUUAUCGUUUUGCAACAAAAACCUCAUGAUGUGUUUCAGCGAACUGGAGAUGAUCUUCUUAUGAAACAUGACAUUACAUUGACUGAAGCAUUAUGUGGAUUUGAAUUUGUUGUGAAACAUUUAGAUGGUCGUGAUUUACUUAUUAGACAUGCUGCUGGUGAAAUUAUUAAGCCAGGAGACCUGAAAGGUAUACAAGGUGAAGGAGAGGAUGUAGAGGAAGUGAACAUGAUGGAGUACACUGCUAGUGAAAGGGGCCGUGGUAGAGAAGAGGCAUAUGCCAGUGAUGAUGAGGAAGCCAUGCAUGGUGGCCAUGGUAUGCAAUGUUCCCACCAG